AUGACUUUACAUGAUUGUUACACUAAUGUUUAUACCCUGAGACAUGAGGGAAAACUUAAGGACCUCAUGCCCCUGCCACCCCAUAGAACCUUGCCUCCACAGAAGCUAGCAGGCAAUGACCUCACUUUACCUUCACAGAAGUCAAUAGGCACUUUACUUCCACAAAGACCUGUAAGUAGUGUGUUCUUGAUAAACAGAAAGGUGAGUAUCAAGGAGAUCAGGAGAGAAGGACAAGCUUUUCUCUUGUUUAGUAAGGAAGUUAAGCAGGAGGAUAGUAAGCUAGAUACUAGGAUCACUAACUUGUUGGAACAGUUUGCUGAUGUCUUUCCUACAGAGUUACCAGUAGGGUUACCUCCAAUAAGAGGUAUUGAGCAUCAAAUUAAUCUCAUACCAGGAGCAGCAUUACCCAAUAAGCCUGCAUAUAGAACUAGCCUUGAGGAAACCAAGGAGCUACAAAGACAAAUUUAG